UAUUUAACCUUGAGUAGGGUGCGCUUCUGGUUGCAUUCUUUCGCUUGGAUUUGUGAGACGAUUGAUAAGAGUAUUAUGAUCGUUUAUUAUUGGAUUAUGCAAGAAAUAAAUAUGGCAUUAUUAUUAACUAAGCUCUUUUAUACCUACCUACUUACUUAUUGUACCAGAGGAGACUUGGACACUUUCGUUGAUCGCGGCCUUAGGCAUACAUCUCAGGUACAGGCCGUCAACAAUCCAGGCACGAUGAACGAUGGACCCUUUCUCUGGUUUAUUCGACAUCAACAGUAGUGAUAGUAUAAUGUUUGAAUUCGAACAUCAUCAAAAGGUCACCUCUCAAUCUCAAUAAUUCUCCUCGCCUGUAGAUAGA